AUGGCGCCGACAUAUCAGGAUGAGGAAAUGAACUCGUCCGGACUUUGCUACGAAGGUGUCCCCGUGAAAUGCGCACGCCUAGAGUGUAGAGCCGAUUCCAGGACUCGAGACGGGCAACAUCAGCCUGUUGAGCGGAUCAAAAGUCAACGGGAAGCCUGCGCUUCUGCUGCGACGAGACCGUCCUUCCUCCUUUCUGCUCUCCAAUGUCUAGCUUCUGAGCGUGGCGAGAGUAGCUGGCCUCCUCGAUGCGAUAUGCUGUGGUUGCCCUCCGACCCGUGGGGGGCGCGCCCUCAUCCAAAGCUUGCCCGACCAUGGCCAAGGCCGCCUAUCCGGGCCGUCGUUGCAUUCCUUAUAAGAAUGCGUCUCCCUGCCCGUGUCGUCUCUGGUACCGACGGUAAAGAAUCUCAGUCUGGAGAUCUUGCAGCUUCCCCGCCACGCGGCUGGACGACCAUGGAGAUUGCGACCCCAAUUAUGGUCGGGUUCUUUGUCGCCGCCAUUGCCGCUACCGUCUUUGUGUACUACCGACAUCGCCUACGGCACCCACCCUCGAUCCAUCGCCCCGCCCCCGUCACCGUCUCUUGUUGGGACCGGUUCCGCCUCCGUAUGCCCGGCUGGGUCUUCGGCGUGCUUCCGGGCACGCACGCCGUCCGCCCUGGUAACACUCACAAGCCCUCCACCUGGAGCAUCGAUGACGCCGACAACAUACCUCUGCACGCCCCCCAGGCGUCAUCGUCUACCUCCUCGUCCGGUUCCGGCCCUGGCUCCGGCUCGGGGUCGCUCUCCCGCUCCGGUUUCGCUUCGGUUCCGCAAUUCGAGCCCGGCGGCGGCCCUCCAGAUGAGUUCCAUCCACAAUUUGACGACGACGAUGCGGAGGCAGAGCCUGCCCACCGCGCGGUGUACGGCGCGCCCCUGCACGCGCAUGAGCGCAACUACUCGAGCGCGUCGCUCCUCCCGCACGUCGACAUCUCGUUCCCCCGCGCGGCCGCGGUCUUGGGGCGCUUCACAGACGGGGCGCGCAUCGGCAAGAGCCCGAGCUACCGCGCAGGGCCCGUCCUCCAGUGCCCGCCGCACGACGGCUUCAAGAUCGACGGCGUGGACUCGCCGACGCGCCCGCACGCGGAGUAUGCGCGCGAGGCGCAGCCCCCUGGGACGCCGCCAAGGGGCACGGACGAGCGCAGCGUGCUGCUCAUCUCGCGCGUGCCCGGGCAGGACUUCGUCAUCGAGGAGUCCGAGAUUGGUGCCUGA